AUGCUUCCGAUUCUCGAGGAUAGAGAGAAGUUCCAGGAGAUAAUGAAACGCAAGAAUGCGGAUAAUCAGACUGCAGAGGAUCGGAAAAACAACGGGUGCAAGAAUUGGGCGACGUGGUAUGAUAACAAGGCGAACCGCUGGGAAAACGGAACAGGACGAUUCCAAGAUGACUCUGGUGUUUAA